AAAUGUGAUGAAGUGUUGGCCACACCCCUCUCCCACACGGCUUUCACCAGCUCCUCUGUGUACUCCGGUGGAUAUGGGGCUGGAUACGCAAAGCUCAACAGGAGAGGAGGUAUUAAAUAAAACCUUCAGAAUAAAAGCUUAAUAUCUCAAUCUCAAUAUAUCAUCUCAAAUAUUUUAAGCUGCAGUCUCAUUCACUUCACUCACAUAUUUUCUGCCACAUAGGAGCAGAGGAUACUAACGGUUAUGGAGCUGGUUUGAUAGUCUCUCUCAUCUCCAGGUGCUGGAGGCUGGUCUCCAGUGGAUGCUGACCGUUACCAGUGGCUGCAGGUGGACCUGGGCACCAGGAAGCAAGUCACCUUUAUCGCCACACAGGGCCGGUACAGCAGCUCUGAUUGGACAACCCAGUACAGACUCCUGUACAGUGAUACAGGAAGGAACUGGAGACCAUAUCUGCAAGAUGGCAACAUAUGGGUGAGUGUGUUAGUUGUCAUUCGUGUAUCAAUAAGGUCUGUGGUCAACAGAUCUUAUACAUUUUGUUCUAUGAGAUCAUCUUCAUCAGCUAACGUCACUUUUUGUGAAUCCUUAAGCAUUUAUGUGAUAAAAAAAAGCACAUAAAGCACAUAAAAGGUUCCAUAAUUCAUAAAGGUCAUGUUAACUGACUAAUAUUACCUCAUAGAACAAAACGUAUAAUACAGUUGGGGAAAAAAGUAUUUAGUCAGCUACCAAUUGUGCAAGUUCUCCCACUUAAAAAUAUGAGAAAGGCCUGUAAUUUUCAUCAUAGGUACACGUCAACUAUGACAGACAAAUUGAGGAAAGAAAUCCAGAAAAUCACAUUGUAGGAUUUUUAAUGAAUUUAUUUGCAAAUUAUGGUGGAAAAUAAGUAUUUGGUCACCUACAAACAAGCAAGAUUUCUGGCUCUCAAAGACCUGUAACUUCUUCUUUAAGAGGCUCCUCUGUCCUCCACUCGUUACCUGUAUUAAUGGCACCUGUUUGAACUUGUUAUCAGUAUAAAAAGACACCUGUCCACAACCUCAAACAGUCACACUCCAAACUCCACUAUGGCCAAGACCAAAGAGCUGUCAAAGGACACCAGAAACAAAAUUGUAGACCUGCACCAGGCUGGGAAGACUGAAUCUGCAAUAGGUAAGCAGCUUGGUUUGAAGAAAUCAACUGUGGGAGCAAUUAUUAGGAAAUGGAAGACAUACAAGACCACUGAUAAUCUCCCUCGAUCUGGGGCUCCACGCAAGAUCUCACCCCGUGGGGUCAAAAUGAUCACAAGAACGGUGAGCAAAAAUCCCAGAACCACACGGGUGGACCUAGUGAAUGACCUGCAGAGAGCUGGGACCAAAGUAACAAAGCCUACCAUCAGUAACACACUACGCCGCCAGAGACUCAAAUCCUGCAGUGCCAGACGUGUCCCCCUGCUUAAGCCAGUACAUGUCCAGGCCCGUCUGAAGUUUGCUAGAGUGCAUUUGGAUGAUCCAGAAGAGGAUUGGGAGAAUGUCAUUUGGUCAGAUGAAACCAAAAUAUAACUUUUUGGUAAAAACUCAACUCGUCGUGUUUGGAGGACAAAGAAUGCUGAGUUGCAUCCAAAGAACACCAUACCUACUGUGAAGCAUGGGGGUGGAAACAUCAUGCUUUGGGGCUGUUUUUCUGCAAAGGGACCAGGACGACUGAUCCGUGUAAAGGAAAGAAUGAAUGGGGCCAUGUAUCGUGAGAUUUUGAGUGAAAACCUCCUUCCAUCAGCAAGGGCAUUGAAGAUGAAACGUGGCUGGGUCUUUCAGCAUGACAAUGAUCCCAAACACACCGCCCGGGCAACGAAGGAGUGGCUUCGUAAGAAGCAUUUCAAGGUCCUGGAGUGGCCUAGCCAGUCUCCAGAUCUCAACCCCAUAGAAAAUCUUUGGAGGGAGUUGAAAGUCCGUGUUGCCCAGCGACAGCCCCAAAACAUCACUGCUCUAGAGGAGAUCUGCAUGGAGGAAUGGGCCAAAAUACCAGCAACAGUGUGUGAAAACCUUGUGAAGACUUACAGAAAACGUUUGACCUGUGUCAUUGCCAACAAAGGGUAUAUAACAAAGUAUUGAGAAACUUUUGUUAUUGACCAAAUACUUAUUUUCCACCAUAAUUUGCAAAUAAAUUCAUUAAAAAUCCUACAAUGUGAUAUUCUGGAUUUUUUUUCUCAUUUUGUCUGGCCUAGUUGACGUGUACCUAUGAUAAAAAUUACAGGCCUCUCUCAUCUUUUUAAGUGGGAGAACUUGCACAAUUGGUGGCUGACUAAAUACUUUUUUCCCCCACUGUAUCUCCUAAGCCUGUGUUCACCUCAGACCUUAUUUUUGGUGUUUAUCCCAAACCCCCAUUCUUUCCCCAUAGGAAUGACUGAACGAACCAGAAGUAACUCAUUUCUGGUUUUUAGGACUACAAACUGGCGAGCUCUAUUGCGUUUUGGUUGUGCACCAUCUAAAAUGCUCCCCAUUAACAAUAAUUGGCUUCAAAAUGUGGAACCUAAAGGUUGUGUUUCCCAGGCAUUUUCAGGCAACUCCAACAGCGAGAGUGUGGUCCGCCAUGAUCUGCAGCAUGCAAUCAUAACACGCUACGUCCGCUUCAUCCCACUGGAGUGGAGCGAAGAGGGGAGGAUCGGCCUGAGAGUGGAAGUCUAUGGCUGUUCUUACUGUGAGUGUACAGCACAGUACAUCCAUGCACAUCUCACGCUACUGUACAAGAGAUAGUAUAUGCGAACAUCCUUUAAUAGGAGAACAUAAAAAGGAAUCUCUUAAUUCAAGACAUCCUUUAUUGCGUGCAGUUUGGAUCAUUUCUGCAUGAAGAAAAUAAAGGAAUAAUCAGGUGUUGGCCAAUAUGGGCUUAAUUAAUAUGUAAGACUGAAGGUUUUAAUUAUCUUGGUAUCAUAUAUCAUAUUUGUCAGAGGAGCGUAUUAAUAUGCUCAGUAAUGUAGAUUAAUUUAGUUGAAAUAAUUACAUGACUGAUCUUUGUGCCAACAGCGACAUUCACACAGCUACAGGUUUUUGAUAGAGUAGGAGAUAGAGAACAGCUGUUUACCUUGGCUGGUUUCUGUUGUUACCUUGUACUACAGAAAAACAAGCUUUACUGAUCAAUUUCUUCCUUCAAAGCUUUCACCUGCCACACCACCCUUUGCUGUGUCCAUCCUAUGCUGUAUUACACACUGUAGAAACUGAUAGAUAGGAAAAACUGACUGGGAGAAACUUGUUUGCCCUAGUCAUUGAACAGUCUAGUUCCCUCUGGCCAAUUGUCCUUACUGCAAAUACUCCAUCCAUGCCCCUAAGAUUGAACAGCAAAUAGAUGUAACCGACUGUCAGUGUUCUGAUCCCCCUGACCGGUUAAAUCAUGGUAAAGAGAUGAAAUCACUUUUGAAAGGAGAAAUUGCCGCAGGGUGAUAUCACAAUGCCAUGCUGCUGUCUAGACACGUAGGCUGGCACAUCUCAACAGACAGAAAAGUAUUUGCAGUAGGCUUGCAGAUACGGUAUAUAAGUAGGCUUAUAUACAGUAUACCGUAGUAUUUCAAUACCGUAAAUACUGUUGAAACUGUUUCUUUUAAGUAUUUAAAAAAAAUACAUUUGAAUAUUUGUAGCUAUCUUUAAAGAAAAUUGCGUUCUUCAUUUCACCUGUCACAUAAUUUUUCAUUAUGAAGCUUACCGGUAGUCCCCACUCACGUUGUGUUUGUUUGCUAAUUGCUAACUAGCGUGCGCCGAACAACUGUGUGUCAGCGUAACUCGGGAAUUGUAGCGGAAGUGUAGUUUAGUCAGAUGGAGGCACCCAUAGCUGAAUGGAUAUGUGCAAAACUGCUACAGUAAGUUUAUCUUUUUUAUUUGAAGGAUUCUUUCUCACUGAUGAAAGAUAAGGCCAUAUGUUUCAAAAGCCGUAUAGCAGCGAUGAUUAUUGACAUUUCUAAACUUUAAAACAGCAUCGGGAUUGUAGUUCACAUGAGCCAGUCGUGGGCGGAGCUAAUUGCUGAAUAUUUUAGGAAGAAGGCAGAAUGCCGCCUAGAGCUUUCGAGAGAAAUCAAGCUUCACUUGGUAAUAGCAGAGAAUCCCCUCCUGAAUCAAGAGCCUUGCUGUCUAAUAUUUGUUUUGUGCGUGCUGCAAACUUUGAGUAGCAUUUUUGAGUUACUUGUAUAGCUUUAUGAGCUGGGAUGUCUGUCCUUCAAAUACUUUAGGUCAGAGACUGUAUAAAAUGUUCGCAAUGCACUUGUUAGCAUUUAGAUAGCAUUCUCUAUGAUAUCUUAUAUGUACUUGUUAGCAUUGCUAAUCUUUGGAUUACAGAGGCACAGUGGGGUUUGAAAAUAGCGCCCCUUGUUUGUGUUCAGUGCCGGUAUUACCGGAUAUCCUGGUAUGGCACAAGGUCGGUAUGAAGGUAUGACAUUCUGGAUACUGCCCAAGCUUACUUUGCAGCCAGGGUUAUAUGUAUUAGAGACUAAGCCAUUUCUCCCGCAGUUGUUCUGUUCCUCCAAUUAUAAAAAGAGAAAUCCGUAUAAGCUGCCUCACCUUUUUGACAUUGCUUAUGAUUGCAGUAGGUGAUCUCUAAAGGACUAUAGGUUUUUCUCAUUAACGCUCAUAUUACCUUUUAUGUCAAAAGCCUUGACACAGGACAGUAGAGGUAAUUGAGGGGAUAUUAAGCUCUGUAACCUUUAUCACCGUUCGGUGACCUCAGGGGAAGAUGUGAUCAACUUCGAAGGCCAGGGUGUGAUCUCCUACCGCUUCAAGAUGAAGAAGAUGAAGAUCUUGAAGGACAUCAUCUCCCUGAAGUUUAAGACCACGGCCAGUAACGGUGUGCUCCUGCACGGGGAGGGACAGCAGGGAGACUAUAUCAGCCUGGAGCUGAAGAGAUCCAAACUACUGCUCAUGAUCAACCUGGGUAAUGGACCAUUAUCCGAUCCUGUCUAUGGGAUAUCUGUGUGCAUCCCAAAUGGCACCCUAUUCCAUAUUUAGUGCUCUACUUUUGACCAGGGCUCAUAGAGCUCUGGUCAAAAGUAGUGCAAGAUAUAGGGAACAGAGUGCCAUGUGGGACGCACACCUAGUGUACUGUAGUCGGUGAUAAUAUAGCUUCUUAUGGCAACUAAGGGCAGUUGAUGAAACUUGAUACAAUUCCUGCAUAUUUGCUAAUAUGACUGUCCCUUAUGCAUUAAUCAUCUUCUAUUUUUAUUUGAUGGAUUUCAGUAAUGGUUGUUGUCAGAAAGAUAAUUAUUCAUCACAGUAGCCUACACAAAUUAACAUUUGUAACAUUUUAUCUCACUAUGUCAGACUGUUGUUUAUAGGAAAAAUGUCCCCUUAAGCAUUUUCUUGAAUUCAAUCUGUUUAUGUCUUGUAAACUUCAGGCAGCAAUCAGUACGGCUCCAUCCUCGGGCACACCUCCGUGACAAGCGGAAGUUUAUUGGAUGAUGACCAUUGGCACUCCGUAAUUAUUGAGCGUUACCGACGGAAUGUCAACUUUACCCUGGAUCGCCACACACAGCACUUCCGCACCAAUGGUGAAUUUGAUCAUCUUGACCUGGACUAUGAGGUAGGCCACAUUUUUAUUGUGUAUUGUCUUAGUGGUUACUCUCUUUACUUCCCUGCCUAUCAGGGUUGGGUCAAUUCCAUAAAAAUAUCAAUAAAUUCAGGAAGUACACUCAAAUUCUCUUCAAUACUUUUAAAUUAGGAAAAUUUGAAAUUUGAAUUUGAUUUACUUUCUAAAUUGACAGGAAUUUUUAUGACCCCAAUCCUAUAUAGUUUGUAUAUUGUCUUGGUUAAUUUCUCCAUCCCUUCCUAUAAAAUUGUAUUGUAUAUUGUCAUUGGUUCAUUUCUAAAUCCCUCCCUGUAAAGUUGUAUUGUAUAUUGUCAUUGGUUCAUUUCUAUAUCCCUCCCUAUGAAGUUGUAUUGUAUAUUAUCCUGGUUCAUUUCUAUAUCCCUCCCUAUAAAGUUGUAUUGUAUAUUAUCCUGGUUCUUUUCCUCACAUUCCUCCCUAUUUCUACGAGGAGAGGGGAUAUGAGAGAAUAUUUAAUUAGAUCCUUUGGCUCCUGUGAGUCAGGUUACUCAGAGGUCUGUGUGAAGAUGUUAGUUCACAGAUGCCAAAUCGGAGCAAGCGCUCUCUGUACUGCGGCUCCCCUGUGUUUACAGAGCUCAGCUUUUAGAUUUGUCUGUGUAAUUAUCAGUGUGCGAUACCGAAGGAAAUUACUUUGGCUCCGCAAGGAAAGCGAACAAAAAAAAACACAACACCAUACAUACAUUCAUUAUAAAGCGGAGAUUAAUGCAAUCAGGCACAAGCGAAAACCAAUAUACUCUCUGAAGGGAUGUAUGCUACUGUAUUGAUUUGAUUCAAGGCGACAAAUUCCUCUGAGAUGUGGCUCUUCAAAUAAUACUUGACCCCUUUUCCUCUUCUCCUUCUGUGUCCUCUAGAUCAGUUUUGGAGGCAUGCCCUUCUCUGCCAAGCCCAGCACAGGAGGCAGGGAGAACUUUGUUGGCUGCAUGGAGGGCAUCACCUACAACGGAGAUAACAUUACCAACCUGGUUAAGAGGAAGAAAAUUGAUACUUCAAGUUUUGUAAGAACCUUUAUAAUAAUAAUAAUAUGCCAUUUAGCAGACGCUUUUAUCCAAAGCGACUUACAGUCAUGCGUGCAUACAUUUUUGUGUAUGGGUGGUCCCGGGGAUCGAACCCACUACCUUGGCGUUACAAGCGCCGUGCUCUACCAGCUGAGCUACAGAGGACCACACUCUCUGUCAUGUUUUGUAAAUCUGAGUAGCAUCUUUGCUAGGUGGUUUGUGAUUCACUGGUACAGUGCCUUGCAAAAGUAUUCAUACCCCUUGGCGUUUUUCCUAUUUUGUAGCAUUACAACCUGGAAUUUAAAUGGAAUUUUUAUUUGGAUUUCAUGUAAUGGACAGACACAAAAUAGUCCAAAUUGGUGAAGUGAAAUGAAAAUAAUUACUUGUUUCAAAAAAUUAUAGAAAAAUAAAUAAUGGAAAAGUGGUGCGUGCAUAUGUAUUCACCCCCUUUGCUAUGAAGCCCCUAAAUAAGAUCUGGUGCAACCAAUUACCUUCAGAAGUCACAUAAUUAGUUAAAUAAAGUCCACCUGUGUGCAAUCUAAGUGUCACAUGAUCUGUCACAUGAUCUCAGUAUAUAUACACCUGUUCUGAAAGGCCCCAGAGUCUGCAACACCACUAAGCAAGGGGCACCACCAAGCAAGCGGCACCAUGAAGACCAAGGAGCUCUCCAAACAGGUCAGGGACAAAGUUGUGGAGAAGUACAGAUCAGGGUUGGGUUAUAAAAAAAUAUCAGAAACUUUGAACAUCCCACGGAGCACCAUUAAAUCCAUUAUAAAAAAAUGGAAGGAAUAUGGCACCACAACAAACCUGCCAAGAGAGGGCCGCCCACCAAAACUCACGGACCAGGCAAGGAGGGCAUUAAUGGGGCGGCGCACAAUUGGCCCAGUGUCGUCCAGGGUAGGGGAGGGAAUGGCCGGCAGGGAUGUAGCUCAGUUGGUAGAGCAUGGCGUUUGCAACGCCAGGGUUGUGGGUUUGAUUCCCACGGGGGGGCAGUAUGAAAAAUAAAAAAAUAAUGUAUGCACUCACUAACUGUAAGUCGCUCUGGAUAAGAGCGUCUGCUAAAUGACUAAAAUGUAAAUGUAAUUAAUCAGAGAGGCAACAAAGAGACCAAAGAUAACCCUGAAGGAGCAGCAAAGCUCCACAGCGGAGAUUGGAGUAUCUGUCCAUAGGACCACUUUAAGCCAUACACUCCACAGAGCUGGGCUUUACAGAAGAGUGGCCAGAAAAAAGCAACAACUUUUGGUGUUUGCCAAAAGGCAUGUGGGAGACUCCCCAAACAUAUGGAAGAAGGUACUCUGGUCAGAUGAGACUAAAAUUGAGCUUUUUGGCCAUCAAUGAAAAUGCUAUGUCUGGCGCAAACCCAACACCUCUCAUCACUCCGAGAACAACAUCCCCACAGUGAAGCAUGGUGGUGGCAGCAUCAUGCUGUGGGGAUGUUUUUCAUUGGCAGGGACUGGGAAACUGGUCAGAAUUGAAGGAAUUAUGGAUGACGCUAAAUACAGGGAAAUUCUUGAGGGAAACCCGUUUCAGUCUUCCAGAGAUUUGAGACUGGGACGGAGGUUCACCUUCCAGCAGGACAACAACCCUAAGCAUACUGCUAAAGCAACACUCAAGUGGUUUAAGGGGAAAUAUUUAAAUGUCUUGAAAUGGCCUAGUCGAAGCCAAGACCUCAAUCCAAUUGAGAAUCUGUGGUAUGACUUAAAGAUUGCUGUACACCAGCGGAACCCAUCCAACUUGAAGGAGCUGGAGCAGUUUUGCCUUGAAGAAUGGGCAAAAAUCCCAGUGGCUAGAUGUGCUAAGAGACUUGCAGCUGUAAUUGCUGCAAAAGGUGGCUUUACAAAGUAUUGACUUUGGGGGGGGGGGGGGGUGAAUAUUUAUGCACGCUCAAGUUUUCAGUUUUUCUUUUCUUAUUUCUUGUUUGUUUCACAAGAAAAAAUAUUUUGCAUCUUCAAAGUGAUAGGCAUGUUGUGUAAAUCAAAUGAUACAAACCCCCCAAAAAUCUAUUUUAAUUCCAGGUUGUAAGGCAACAAAAUAGGAAAAAUGCUAAGGGGGGUGAAUAUUUUCGCAAGCCACUGUAUACCUUGAAAACAUAAAUGGCAGGAACAGCCAUGUAUUUGUGAUUACUUACUUGGAAAGGCCAGUGAUGCAACACCUCACUUCAAUAUAAUGAUCCUUUUUCACUGAGGCACUACAAUAAAACAGAAUUUAGUACACUCAUUGUAGCAUAAAUCAGAAGAGAAGAAACUCUUAAAUGAUUUCAUAUUGAGAUAAAAAGAAAUAUAUAUAUAUAUAUAUUCCAACAUGCAUUUAAAUGUAUUUGUAAGAAAUAUAUUUUUAAAUUAAAAUGUAUGACAAACAUGGAAAAUUGGCCAAAUCAUAUAGUAACAAAAUGGUGACUGUCUUAACAAUAAAACUUUAGUGGGCUUUUUAAUAUCACAUGUACUUACUGUAUGUCAGUUUCAGUAAGACUGCAAAACUAGCAGGAUGCAAUCUUAACCAAAUUAACUGGCAUGACAAUCUGUCUCAUGGGUGGCCAAAAAGCACUAAGACAAAGCCACGCCCGCAACAAGGGCCGCCGCUACGAUAUAUUUUGUGAAAAUGCAUUUUUAUUGUACUUGACACAUAUCAAAAACAUACCAAAAGCACUAACAUGCAUUUAAAUGUGUUUCAAUGACUACAAAAAUGACUAUAAACAUGAUACAUUUUCGGUCAUGUGGUGACUCCAUGUCUUUCAUGUGCAUAUGACAAAUAAACAAACAAACUUGACGAGAGCAUUGCAACCAGUGUCCAACAGGCAGAACUUAAAGUGUACUGGGUCGUUCCACGAAAUGAAUGCCUUUUGUGUCCCUUUGAUAUGUUAAGUCUAAAUUAUGCUCCAAUAUAGAAUUUUAAAAGCCUGUUAUAUGAAAUGAAGUGCCCUUUAAUAUAGACCACAUUGAGCAUUCAAUCAGAUUUUUUAUAUUAAUAAAGACUUGCCGAAAUGCCAAACCUCAGCAUUUUGACAUGUCCUUUCGUGCACCCUCUGUGACUUCCAGGAACAUUUUAACCCACUAACCCCCCAAAAUACUAAUAGUUUUCCCCAUCAUUGUAAAGUCCUUGUUAUUUUGUUGCUUUGACAAAGUUAUUUCUGAAGAUUAUUAUUUAUUUACAUUUACAUUUUAGUCAUUUAGCAGACGCUCUUAUCAAGAGCUACAGUGGGGGAAAAAAGUAUUUAGUCAGCCACCAAUUGUGCAAGUUCUCCCACUUAAAAAGAUGAGAGAGGCCUGUAAUUUUCAUCAUAGGUACACGUCAACUAUGACAGACAAAUUGAGAUUUUUUUUCUCCAGAAAAUCACAUUGUAGGAUUUUUUAUGAAUUUAUUUACAAAUUAUGGUGGAAAAUAAGUAUUUGGUCAAUAACAAAAGUUUCUCAAUACUUUGUUAUAUACCCUUUGUUGGCAAUGACACAGGUCAAACGUUUUCUGUAAGUCUUCACAAGGUUUUCACACACUGUUGCUGGAAUUUUGGCCCAUUCCUCCAUGCAGAUCUCCUCUAGAGCAGUGAUGUUUUGAGGCUGUCGCUGGGCAACACGGACUUUCAACUCCCUCCAAAGAUUUUCUAUGGGGUUGAGAUCUGGAGACUGGCUAGGACCUUGAAAUGCUUCUUACGAAGCCACUCCUUCGUUGCCCGGGCGGUGUGUUUGGGAUCAUUGUCAUGCUGAAAGACCCAGCCACGUUUCAUCUUCAAUGCCCUUGCUGAUGGAAGGAGAUUUUCACUCAAAAUCUCACAAUACAUGUCCCCAUUCAUUCUUUCCUUUACACGGAUCAGUCGUCCUGGUCCCUUUGCAGUAAAACAGCCCCAAAGCAUGAUGUUUCCACCCCCAUGCUUCACAGUAGGUAUGGUGUUCUUUGGAUGCAACUCAGCAUUCUUUGUCCUCCAAACACGACGAGUUGAGUUUUUACCAAAAAGUUAUAUUUUGGUUUCAUCUGACCAUAUGACAUUCUCCCAAUCCUCUUCUGGAUCAUCCAAAUGCACUCUAGCAAACUUCAGACGGGCCUGGACAUGUACUGGCUUAAGCAGGGGGACACGUCUGGCGCUGCAGGAUUUGAGUCCCUGGCGGCGUAGUGUGUUACUGAUGGUAGGCUUUGUUACUUUGGUCCCAGCUCUCUGCAGGUCAUUCACUAGGUCCCCCCGUGUGGUUCUGGGAUUUUUGCUCACCGUUCUUGUGAUCAUUUUGACCCCACGGGGUGAGAUCUUGCGUGGAGCCCCAGAUCGAGGGAGAUUAUCAGUAGUCUUGUAUGUCUUCCAUUUCCUAAUAAUUGCUCCCACAGUUGAUUUCUUCAAACCAAGCUGCUUACCUAUUGCAGAUGCAGUCUUCCCAGCCUGGUGCAGGUCUACAAUGUUGUUUCUGGUGUCCUUUGACAGCUCUUUGGUCUUGGCCAUAGUGGAGUUUGGAGUGUGACUGUUUGAGGUUGUGGACAGGUGUCUUUUAUACUGAUAACAAGUUCAAACAGGUGCCAUUAAUACAGGUAACGAGUGGAGGACAGAGGAGCCUCUUAAAGAAGAAGUUACAGGUCUGUGAGAGCCAGAAAUCUUGCCUGUUUGUAGGUGACCAAAUACUUAUUUUCCACCAUAAUUUGCAAAUAAAUUCAUAAAAAAUCCUACAAUGUGAUUUUCUGGGAAAAAAAUCGCAAUUUGUAUGUCAUAGUUGACGUGUACCUAUGAUGAAAAUUACAGGCCUCUCUCAUCUUUUUAAGUGGGAGAACUUGCAUAAUUGGUGGCUGACUAAAUACUUUUUUUCCCCACUGUACUUACAGUUAGUGAGUGCAUAAAUGUUUUCAUACUGGCCCCCCCGUGGGAAUCAAACCCACAACCCUGGCGUUGCAAACGCCAUGCUCUACCAACUGAGCUACACAGGGCCCUAUUUCAUGUGAUUAGUGAUUCCUUUAUGUCUAUCUCUCAUUUUAAGGUCAACCCUGUUACUCGAACUGAACUCUUUAAUAUGGUGAAACUAUUCCUUUUCAAAAGUGAUUUUCAAAAUAAACAUUGAACAUCUAAUAGUCAAAUGAUAGUGUAAAAGCAGGUGAGCUGGUUUUACUCUUUUUGGCCAUUUUCUGGUGUUUUGUGGUGAAAAACUGAACGGGUCGAGCAUAACACGUCAACCCAUAGAUAGACAGGCUAGACAUUUUUUAACAAUUACAUUUUGGGGGUAAAUCUUGCAUUCAAUUGCCCCUCCCUGUUGCAUACAAGAAGCUUCCAUUCCCCCUGUCACAAGGGAAUUCAUGGCUGAUUUAACUAGUAAUUACCAGUUGGAGGGCCGUUCAAGUGGACUUUUCCCAGAAGUCGUAAAUUCCCACUUCCCACUUGGUUACGAACGCACAUCCAAUGUAGAGCCGUAUAAUACCACUCAAUGGAAGCACAAGGUCUAGACCUACACUUUUACAUAUUGUGUAUAGAGAUUGUUUAAAUCAAUAAAAUAUAAAAUACUAAAGUAUUAUUAAAAACGGGGGGGGGGGGGGGGGGGGGGGUUUACCUCUUGAGAUGGGAAAGCAUGUUUUUUAUUAAGUUGAACAUGUGCUCUUUAUGACAGAAUGAUAGAAUUAGGUGAAAUCCACAUUUUUGUUUAAAUCACUGCCUAAAUUGGUGGCCAAAAAAAGUAUCUACAUUGAUCAAUACAUAAAGACUAAUUUAAGAAGCCGAAUUAGGAACCACUUUGGCCACCCUGUAGACUAGCUGUCAUAGCCAUGCAUUUCUGGAAUAUUGUCAGACAUGCAUAUGAGCAAAGAUGCAAAUGUAUGUACAUGCAUCUCUUGAAUACAUUUUAAAGCAUUACAUUCAUUUUAGCAAAGAUGCAAAUGUAUCUACAUAUAUUUAUUAUGUGACGUUAAAUAUAUUGAAAUGUAUUUUCUUUUCAUAUGGGAUAUGUUGAAUAAAAAAGUAUUCCAUGCAACAGGAUUGAACUCACUAAAUGUGAAGUAUUCAACGCUUAGCACAGGACAAUUACUGCUCAGUUGUCAAUGGUAUGGGAUGUUGUGUCAGCCAUUACUUUGCUGAAGUAUGGAUCCAACCAUUAUUAUUGAUUUCACUUCUUAUGUGCCUCUUAGCCUUGUUUUCUUUCCUGUGAGCAAAUGGGUUUACUAAACUGUGGGAUAUUCACAAAGUUCCUUGGUGUUGGAUUGCAUGCUUUGCUUUCAGCACAAGUAGAGGGAGAAAGGUCAGCUUUGAUUACAAGAGAAGCCAAAAUUGUUUUUUGUCAAGUGCUGCUGUAUGAUGAUGUGUUUUUCUGUGUCGGACUCUGAAAUAAUGCAGGUGCUUGCAUUUUCACAUGCAUUAAACCGCAAAAUGUACAUUUAAAAAGCACCUUAGGUUUUCUGAUGUGUCUCUAAUGCAAAAUAUAUGCUAACUAUGGUACGGUUGUGCCAAUGUCUUGAGCUUAAAUCAACAGGGAAAAGCUGCCCUAACUUAUAGACCUGUGUGCUAUCUAAAAAACACCUUCUAUUUUUUAUGUAUCUCUCAAAUGCAAACUAUAUGCUAGCUUUGUUUAUACGGUUGUAUGAAUAAACUUUUUUUUUUAGCUAAAAUGAAGCAGGAAAAGCUGUCCUAACUUGUAGACCCAUUUGCUAUUAUACUUUCUAUCCCCCUUACAGAGGAACCUGACGUUCUCCUGCAGCGAGACACACUCCUUCCCCUUGUUCUUCAACGCCACCAGCUUCCUGCGUCUUCCGGGGCUGCCGGACAGUGACACCCUGUCGGUCAGCCUGUCCUUCCGAACGUGGAACCCCAGCGGUCUGCUCCUCUACACGGCCCUGGCCGACGGUGUGGUGGAGGUGGGCCUCACCCAGGGA